AUGUUGAGAGUCAGAAAAGUGGCCGGGUUGGUCGGAAAGACGCCCUCGCGGACAGUACUCUCGAUCACGUGCCGUUAUAACUCCACCGACAAUGCAGCUUCGGAAAAGUCGUACUCAGCGACCCUACUGCUUCCCAAAACCGACUUUCCUCCUCGACGGAAACCUGCUGCUCUGGAGGAGCUGCUGACACAGUCGCGAGACCAGCUGUACACGUGGAACGCAGCCAACAAGUCGCGUGAACCAUUUGUGCUCCACGAUGGCCCCCCUUACGCCAACGGGGCUCUGCAUGUGGGUCACGUCCUCAACAAGGUCACCAAGGACAUUAUCAACCGAUACCAGCUGAUCUCCGGCAAGCGAGUCGACUACGUGCCUGGCUGGGACUGCCACGGUCUCCCUAUUGAGCUCAAGGCGCUCGAGACACUCAGCAAGAAGCUCAAGACUGAUGCUGCAACUGUUCUGCCUGCUCAUACAAUCCGAGAAAUGGCUCGGAAGCACGCCACAGAUACCAUUGAGAGCCAGCGGAACGAAUUCCGAGGCCUGGGGAUCAUGGGCGACUGGGAGAACCCCUACUUGACCAUGUCGCAUGAGUUUGAGGUUGCGCAAUUGCGGAUCUUCCAGGAACUACUGACCCGUGGACGAAUGUACAGAAAGAUCAAGCCCGUCUACUGGGGAUGGGAGACCCGAACUGCUCUCGCUGAGGCCGAACUCGAAUACAACCCCAAGCACAAGUCUCAGGCUGUGUUUGUGGCCUUCCCUCUCAACGAAAAGUCCGACACCCUGGCUGAGGUCACCAAGGACUACCCUGAUCUGGCUAUUGUCAUCUGGACCACCACUCCCUGGACUCUGGUGGCUAACCGGGCUUGUUCCGUGCAUAAGGACGUUGAGUAUGCUGUCGUUCGUCAGACAUGUUCUGGUCGACAUCUCUUGGUUGGUAAAAAGUUGGUUGAGUCUCUUUCUGAGAAGCUGGGCGAGCUGGAGAUUGUCGGGGAUGGAAUCUUUGGUUCUGAACUAACUUCUUCCACCUAUACUAACCCCCUCACUGACACCCAUCACCCCAUUUACCACGCCGACUAUGUUUCCGACGAGAGUGGUACGGGAAUGGUUCAUUCUGCUCCUGGCCAUGGUCAGGACGAUUACCUGUUCUGCAUGGGCCAUGGCAUUGCCCCCUACUCUCCUGUCAAUGCUUCGGGUCACUACACUUCUGACCUUCCCGAAAAGCUGGCUGAUCUCGCUGGUAAGCAUGUUCUUGGUGAGGGCCAGAAGGCUGUAAUUGCGCUGGCAACCAAAAACAAGAUGCUGCUACAGAAGGAGUCUUACACGCAUAGUUAUCCCUACGACUGGCGAUCCAAGAAGCCCAUCAUCAUCAGAUCUACCCCUCAGUGGUUUGCCAAUGUUGAUGAUAUCAAGGAGGACACCAUCAAGGCUCUGGAUCAGGUUGAGUUUGUUCCCAAAAUUGGGGAAAAGCGACUCAAGGCUUUUGUCAAUGGACGAACCGAAUGGUGCAUCUCUCGACAGCGAUCUUGGGGUGUUCCCAUUCCAAUCGUCUACUCUAAGGAAUCUGGCGCACCUCUGGAGGACGUCGAGACAGUCUCCUAUGUGAUUGAUCGAAUCGCUGAGCUUGGAACUGACGCUUGGUUCGACGAGAAUGUUGGCGUGGAACAAUUCUUGCCCAAUAAAUUCAACGCUGAUGAUUAUGUCCGAGGCACUGAGACCAUGGACGUGUGGUUUGACUCUGGAAGUUCGUGGAAAUCAACUCUGGAGGCCCGAGGUAUCAAGCAGGCAGAUGUCUACUUUGAGGGCAGUGAUCAGCAUCGUGGCUGGUUCCAGUCGUCGCUGCUGACCAAGAUUAGUACUUCUUCGGAGGCGGUUCCCACUGCUCCCUACAAGUCUGUCAUCACUCACGGCUUCCUACUGGACGAGAAGGGAAACAAAAUGUCCAAGUCACUGGGCAAUGUGUUGCUCCCCUCUACCAUCAUCAACGGUGGUAAGGGCCUUCCUGCUCUUGGCAUUGACGGUAUUCGUCUGUGGGUGGCUCAAUCUGACUUCACCAACGAUGUAGCCAUUGGUCCUGUCAUUCUGAAGCAUGUCGGCGAGUUCACUCGAAAGCUCAGAACUACCUUUCGAUUCCUGCUCGGUAAUCUGGGAUACGGCAAACAGGUGGACUUGAACUACGCUGAUCUGCAUCUCGUCGACCGAAUCGCUCUCCAAGAUCUUCAUCAACUUGAGGUCACCUGCAAGGACUAUUAUUCCAAGCACCAGUUCAACCGAGUGUACCAGCAGAUUAGCCACCACAUGAACACUUGUCUGUCGUCUUUCUACUUUGACAUUGCCAAGGAGCGUCUCUACGUGAACGACGUUUCUUCCCAGAGUCGUCAGUCCGUCGCCUACGUGCUCUCUGAGGUUCUCAAGACCUACUUGGCUAUUUUGUCUCCUCUCACUCCUCUUCUGACUCAGGAGGUGCACAACUUUUCCGGAUUCGAGGGUAACAGUCCCUACGAGAACGGUUGGCACGAGACUGCCCCCGAGUGGACCUCCCCUGAGCUCCUCAAGGAUACUGCCACAGUCAAAGGUGCUCGAUCAAUUGUUCUGCAGGCGAUGGCUCAGGCCCGAGCCGAUAAGAAGAUUGGUACUUCUCUGGGCUGUGAUGUCGCUCUGACCAUCGAUGAGUCUUCGGAUGUCUACAAGCUGCUCAAGAAGCACGAAGGUGAGCUUGCCGAGCUCUUCAUCACCUCUGGUGUCUCUCUCAACACUGAAGUUCCCUCCGAAUGGAGCUACGCUGCUUCGGGCGAGGUUGAUGGCACUCUUGUCACUGCCACUGCCAAGACCCCAGCCGGUUGCAAGUGUCCGCGAUGCUGGCAGUUCACGGCCCCCGCCGAGGACAUUCUCUGCACUCGGUGUGACGAGGUGGUCAAGGAGUGA